CUAAUGGCUGCGCGCGGGGCGCUCGGUGCUGCCGACAGCGCCGCAGGAUGGCGGGGAGGUCGGCCGCCCCGGGCACCGCGGUCCUGCUGGUCACGGCUAACGUGGGUUCGCUCUUCGACGACCCAGAAAACCUGCAGAAGAACUGGCUUCGGGAGUUUUAUCAGAUCGUCCACACCCACAAGCCACACUUCCUGGGCCUUCACUGUCAGGAGUUUGGAGGGAAGAACUAUGAGGCCUCCAUGUCGCACGUGGACAAGUUUGUCAAGGAACUGUUGUCGAGCGACGCCAUGAAGGAGUACAGCAAGGCUCGUGUCUACUUGGAUGAGAACUACAGGUCCCAGGAACACUUCACGGCAUUGGGGAGCUUCUAUUUUCUCCACGAAUCUUUAAAGAAUGUCCAGCAGUUUGACUUUAAAGCUAAGAAGUACAAGAAAGUCACCGGCAAGGAGAUCUACUCUGACACCCUGGAGAGCACGCCCAUGCUGGAGAAGGAGAAGUUCCCACAAGACUACUUCCCUGAGUGCAAAUGGUCCCGGAAGGGCUUCAUCCGGACAAGAUGGUGCGUUGCUGACUGCACCUUCGACCUGGUGAACAUCCACCUCUUCCACGACGCAUCCAACCUAGUGGCCUGGGAGACAAGCCCGUCUGUGUACUCAGGGAUCCGGCACAAGGCUCUCGGCUACGUGCUGGACAGGAUCCUUGACCAGCGAUUCGAGAAAGUUUCCUACUUUGUCUUUGGUGACUUCAACUUCCGACUGGAUUCCAAGUCCGUGGUCGAGACCCUCUGCACAAAAGCCACCAUGCAGACCAUCCGGGCCGCUGACACCAAUGAAGUCGUGAAGCUGAUUUUUCGAGAAUCAGACAAUGACCGGAAGGUCAUGCUGCAGCUGGAGAAGAAACUCUUUGACUACUUCAACCAGGAGAUUUUCCAGGACAACAAUGGAACCGCGCUCCUAGAAUUUGACAAAGAGCUGUCUGUCUUCAAAGACAGAUUGUACGAACUGGAUAUCUCGUUUCCUCCCAGCUACCCAUACAGUGAGGACUCCAGCCAGGGCAAACAGUACAUGAACACCCGCUGUCCCGCCUGGUGCGACCGCAUCCUCAUGUCCGCGUCUGCCAAGGAACUGAUUCUGAGGUCGGAGAGCGAGGAGAAGGUUGUCACCUACGACCACAUCGGGCCCAACGUCUGCAUGGGAGACCACAAGCCUGUGUUCCUGGCCUUCCGGAUUGCGCCCGGGGCAGGUAAACCUCAUGAGCCCGUGCACAAGUGUUGUGUCGUGCAGUGACGUG